ACAGCACACUAGCACGCAUCGGUCGCUAUUCACCUCACGCACACAACAACAAACAGCCGUCAUCUACGAGUCUUACGACACACAUACACAACAUCCCGACCGGUGCGUUGUGAGGUCGUGCGGCCGCGUCGCUCGUAUUGACUAGCGAGCUGGCAACAGUGCCCAGCUAUUUUUAGUAUGAAGUCUGUCGUGUCGAUCGCAUCACGUAUACUUGUUUUUAAAUAAUAAUUCCUGUGAUUAUAAAGCUAAAACUGUUUGUGAAAAUGGACUGACCAUAUUUACGUUUUGUGUGAAUUAAAUGACAGUUGAAAUUGUCAAAAGUGUAAGCGACUCUUCCAGCUGUGCGCCCGUACAUAACUUUAGUUAUAAUAGUUUGAUAAACUUUAUAAUGGAUAAUUCGGUUUAUUUUAUCGAACAAGAAAGAGUGAUGAAUCUGGUUGAAAAGUUGAUAAGUGAAGUUGAAAAGAGACCGUUACUGUGGGACAGAUUCGAUAAUGAUUACAGUAAUCGAGCGGCGAUGGAUGCCGAGUGGGAAAAAAUAGCUGAAAUUCUUUCGAGGGACAAAAACUACGUUAAAAACAAAUGGCGGAAUUUACGAGACCAAUUCAUCAGAGAAAAUAAAAAGGUUAAAGUUCCCUUCGAUAACCCGACUAAACCGUACAUCUCUUACUACAGAGGCAAGUGGGCCUAUUUCGAGAAUAUGUUGUUCCUUAAAAGAGCCUCUGUUCCAACAAAGAAAGCCGCGGGCUACUCCUCAACAGACGAAGUUGAACUAUUCGAAGAAGAAAUCAAAGAAGAAGUACUAGAUUAUGAAGAUGACAUAUUCAUAGAUUCAGCUACAUAUAAUAGUGAAACUGAAAGCAAUAAAGUUGACGAAACUCUAACUGCAAGAGUAGACGAAUCAUUCAACGGUAAUAAUACAAAAUUUGAUAAAGAAGUGCCUCCGGAAGAAGAAACAGGUCGAAAAAGAAAAACCUUAGAAACAGCGGACACAGUAGUCAAAGCUAAAAGACAAUCAAUACCCAGUACACCAAAUGUUUCUUCUGAAGACCAAGGAGAAAUAGAUGAUGAUCUGCAUUUCGUUAAGAGUUUAGUGCCGUUCCUCAGAAAAUUGAGUCCAAUUAGAAAACUGUUAGUUAGAAACGAAAUACAGAGUCUUUUGAUAAGGGAAAGCCUUUGUGAAAAAUGUAAAGUAGGUAACCAUUCUACACAUAACUCAUAACAUAAAGGUCGAUGCAUAUUAUAAAACGACAGUCUCAACUUUCAUAUUGCAUGUCGAUAUAACGUAAAACGGAGCAACAAAAAAAUCAAAACUUUGCAACGGUUUGCGCCAUGCACUAAGCACUGUUAACAGAUGGAGUUAUGCGAUUGUGCGGUGUCUAGUCUAUCAAUGGGGUCGGCUCGGUCGGUAUCAAAGGCUCAGGUAAGGAUCCCACCGGUUUUUUGCUCAAUUUUGAAUUCUGUCUUGGGUGAUAGGAAUCGUAAUGAACUCAAGAUGUAGUAUAAUAAUUGUAACGUUGGUUUUUUGGUUACAUUAAAGGUUUUUUUACUAAUUAUGUUUUUAAAAUGGGUCAGGAGCGAAUCGGACUCACGCCGCUAAACUAAGGGCUCUGUACAAUUACUGUUCCUGUGAUACAGCUUGAUGACGGCCAGACAGAAAGCUUAAUCUUAAUAGUAAGAAUCCGUCUUCACCCUUUAGGUAUGGACCCUAAAAUAAUAAUUUACUAUGGACUAGUAUUAGGUACAGGUAGUCGAUAAACCACACUCCUAAACUUGUAACAGCCCUGUUUGAAGACUUCAGAACUAACACCAUAAAAAGGUAAUUUUUGUUCGCCAUAACGAACAAAUCGCCCUAUUCUGCUAGGAACUGUUUGUUAGAAGUCAGAUCAUAAAGUUACGUUAAUUAGAAGAACUGCGAACAGUACAAGUCGGGUAUAACGUUGUACUAUAAAAAUUUUACGUCCACUACGUUUUCUAUUAAAACUUGGCAUUUAUAGCUCAUUAAGUUAGGCAAAUGAGAUAAUCAAUCAGGAUUUAAAACAAUAGAUAUGAUAAAUUUAAGGGGUAAAUGGUUGAGUAGUAAAUCAGUCGUUAAAGAAUUGAUUAAAUUAUUUAUUGGUACUAAAAAGUGACGGUUUUAUUAACCAUGGAUGAUAUGGAGUUGCUGUUUUUUGUCACAUUACGAAGUAACUUUUAUUUUUGAGAUCUUUUUACUACGAUCGAGAAAAGUUGAGCCUCAAUUUCUCUGUAGAUCUCUAGAGUAAAGCAGACCUCUGCGUCCAGAAUGCAGAUGAGGAGAAUCACGAUGCUCAGGCAUGACUUGAGAAGCAGGACAAGGAUUUUCCCUCUUCCACCUCAUUCCUCUCAGGAGUAUUAAGCAAUUUAGAUUAGACCUGAUUCUAAUACUGCCAUUCGCGGGUCGUGUACAAUUUGGCUCAUAUAUUUUUACAAAAAACUUUACUAAAUGGCGAAGUAAUUCAGUGAUUACUUCGUACAUACAGAGAAAAGGGUCAACAAUGUACAAACUGUACAACUCAAAAGUGAAAUAAAAACAUCACUAACUCAA